UAUGUCCAUGUUUUCCGGCAAUUUUGGUGGCACCGAAAAUGCCAUGGUAGGCAUGAAAAAGGGUAGAGGCAGAGUUUCCUUUCAAAUUUCCAUAAUGUCGUUUACCCCAUUUUUGGACACUAAAUCAAAUCAAAUGGACACAUUGUUUUCUCUUCAUCCUUGUCUUGGUGUUGGUGUAAUUGCACCUCCAAAACCAAAACCAAAACCAAUUUCGUUACCCUUUUCUAACCACCCGAAACAACAAACGGCUUUUGGCAGAUUUACCUUCUUCUUGGUAAUUUCUUCUUCUCUCCAAAAUAAUUAACCAAACCAUUAUUAAUGGGGAUAUUGUAUGGAAUGGUGGCAAGGGGGCAGGUGGUUCUGGCUGAGUUCAGCGCCACCCAGAGUAAUGCUAGUGUAGUAGCCAAACAGAUACUCAGCAAGAUCAAUCAAGGGAGUGAUAACAAUAAUGAUUCCAAUGUUUCCUUUUCCCACGAUCGCUAUGUUUUUCAUGUCAAGAGGACAGAUGGCCUCACUGUUCUUUGCAUGGCUGAUGAUGCAUUUGGAAGAAUAGCCCCUUUUGCAUUUCUUGAAGAUAUUCAUAAAAAAUUUGUGAAGACGUAUGCCCGUGCUAUUCUUUCAGCUCCUGCCUAUGCCAUGAAUGAUGAGUUCUCAAGGGUCUUGAACCAACAGAUGGAAUAUUACUCCAAUGACCCAAAUGCUGACAGAUUAAACCGUCUCAAAGGUGAAAUGACUCAGGUGAGAACUGUGAUGAUAGACAACAUUGACAAAGUGUUGGAGAGAGGUGGUCGGUUGGAGCUGCUGGUGGAGAAAACUUCAGCAAUGAAUAGCAAUUCGAUUCGUUUCAAAAGGCAGUCCCGCCGUUAUAAAAAUAACCUGUGGUGGAGUAAUGUUAGGCUAACGGUUGCACUUGUUAUAAUUUUCGUCAUUGUCGUUUACAUUAUACUCGCCUUCAUCUGCCAUGGUCCCUUGUUGUCUUCGUGCUGGAGAUAAGAUCUGGAGGCUAAUAGUAAAAAAAAAUUGCACUAUUUUUUGAGACCAUUGAACUACUUAUUUAAGUUAUUCAGAAUAUAAUUUAUUGGGUCAACCAAAAAGGGAAUAUAAUUUAUUGAUAUGCGAUCAUUUAUCAGAUGUUACCAAUCUAGGCUUGUGCAUGUUUUAGAAAGUAAUUAAGCAUUGUGGAUGCACUCUAUAUAGAAGGUAAUAUAUGAUGUUUAUGCAAUAUAGAAACUAUAACUAUUUUUUAAAAUGUCAAUAUUGUU